AUGUCCGAUUUUUCUAACGAAAAAUUAAUUUAUACACCUUGUUAUUGUGAAGAGAACGUGUAUCAUUUGUGUAAAGCAUUUGGCAAAUUAGAUGACGUUUAUGUUUGUUUCAUUUCUAAUGAAAAUCGCUCGAUUCCAAUAUGGAAACAACGUGCUUCAAAAUUUCCUGAUGGAAUUGUAAUUUGGGAUUAUCAUGUGAUAUUGCUAGUAAAAGAAAUGUCAAAUUCAACAAAAGUUUAUGAUCUUGACACAACACUUUCUUUCCCAUGCGAUUUCUCAAUUUAUGUGCAAGAAUCUUUUAAAACACUUGAUGAUCCACAAUAUUAUAGAAAAUAUCGUAUAAUUCCUGCUGAAACCUAUCUAAAAAUUUUUGCAUCAGAUAGAAGUCAUAUGAUUAAAAAGGAUGGAACUUGGUAUGCUUCUCCUCCUAUUUAUUCACCCAUCUCUACUUCAGAAUCUGUAAAUAAUUUACCAUCCUUUAUAAAUAUGAUCGAGAACGUGGAUUCAAAAGAUUUUGGUUUUGUGCUAGAUGAUGAUGUUACAGCAUAUUUUACUGAAACUUUAGUGUUUAUUGGUUUCAUGCUACUCGUUCCAAUUUUAUAUGUCGCAAAUUUUUAUUUCCGUUAUAAACGUUAUAAAGCGGCUACACCAUGGUCAAUUCAAGACAAAGUUGUCGUAAUAACAGGAGCUUCAAGUGGGAUUGGAGAAGCACUUGCUUAUGAGUUUGCUCGACAAGAUGCAAACUUAAUUCUUUGCGGACGUAAAGUUGAUUCAUUGGCAAAAGUAGCAAAAGAAUGUAAAGAAACAUGUGGUGCAAAAAAUGUAACAAUUCAAAAAGUUGAUGUAACAAGUGAAACAGAUGUAAUGCGUUUUGUCGCAAGCCUUGAAGCGUCUCAUAAUAAGAUUGAUUGUCUCGUACUUAAUGCCGGCGUAUCGAUGGGUGAAACCUUGGAAAGUGUUGAAGACUUUGAAUUAAUUAAAACGAUUAUGGAUGUGAAUUAUUUUGGUGCUACAAUGCUUGCUUUUAAUUCGUUACCUCUACUGAAAAAUGCUGAAAAACCUCGUAUAGUUGUUAAUUCCUCUCUCGCCGGAAUUAUUCCCGUUCCCUUCAGAACAGGUUAUGCGGGUUCUAAAUUUGCUUUAAGAGGUUUCUUUGAAAGUUUACAAAAUGAGCUUAUUGAUGACAAUAUCUUCAUUACAAUGGUUUAUCCGGGUGUCGUAAAGACUGAUAUUAAUAAGAAUCGAUUGGGAGACAAUCCAAAAGCACUCGAUUUUAGUAAUGCAAUGCCUUCUGACGAAUGCGCUAAAAUCAUCGUUGAUGGAACGGUUCAAGGUAAAAAAGAAAUAGUUUUUACAGCUACUGGUAAAUUGGGUAGAUUAAUGGAAGCUGCUGGACCCUCUGGUAUUUCAAAUGAAGUGAUGGCACACGUUGGAGACGAAUUACAGCACGAUUGA